AUGGUGGCAUCACCACCUAGGGAGGAAGCUGCUGCAGCUAGGAACGUCAAGGCCAAGCAGGCAUGGCAGCAGCAGAUGGCGGCGAGCGGCGGUGGGGAGCGUAAGCCGCGGCCGCAGCAGGAGCAGGGGCUCAACUGCCCGCGCUGCGACUCCACCAACACCAAGUUCUGCUACUAUAACAACAACAGCAUGACGCAGCCGCGCUACUUCUGCAAGGCUUGCCGCCGCAACUGGACGCAAGGUGGCACCCUCCGCAAGGUCCCCAUCGGCGGCAGCUCCCGGAAGAACAAGCAGAGCCGCGCCGGGGGCUCAUCCUCCUCCUCCUCCUCGGCACCACCAGCACCAUCCUCGACCUCUAACGACUCCAACAAGAUGAACCUCACGCAACAACUGAUGAUGAUGCCUACUACUACGACACCUAUGCCCGCCAACUUCCCCAACGUGCUCCCGACGUUCAUGUCAGCAGGCAGCGGCAGCUUCGGCGAGCUCCCCGGCAGUGACCACCACUCCCUGCCCUUCCCACCAUUGUCUCUGCCUUCCAACCCUACAGGCACGAUGCCAUCUUUAGUCGGCAUUCUUAGAGGAGGGUUUCCUGAUGGCGGGAUGGCGGCGCUGCCAUUUCUUCCGGUGCCACCUUCAUUUGGUGCGAUGCAUCAGCAUGGGCAUGGGAUGAUGGGUGGCUCAUCUGACCAACAGCUGGUGGGGCCCCUGCAGGGUAUGGAUCAGGCACUGAAGCUCCCUUUGGCUGCUGCUUGCGGUAGUGGGCCCCAGCAGUGGCCGUCGUCAGCAGCGCCGGAGCAGCAGGUUGUUGGUGGUGAUGGCCGUGCGGACAAGAACAACAACAACAAUGGCGGUGGGGCAACAGGCAGCAGCAGCGGGGUCGAGUACUACUGGCAAGGAUCGAUCUGA